AUGGGCAUACGCAACUAUUUUAAUACUCUGAGGGAAAAGAUCCAGGGCAGCACCAGAAAGGAGGAGGAAACAGCCAAGAAAAAGAUCAACGCACCCAAAAUGCACAAUCUUGGCGAGGAAAUACGCCUAAUGGUGCAUUCGAAACCUUUUGAGAGUGCCUACAGCACGGCCGCCCCGUUUCUCUUUGCCAGCUUGGGGGCGUGGCCGGGAUAUUGGCUUUUCCGGGGAAUGGAUUACCACGUGCAUCGAGCGCAUGUUCCACUGGCCAUCUACAUAAGGCAGACUUACUAUCAGGCCAAAGUGAUCCAGUUACUGAUUAUUUUGGCCGGAACUUAUACCGUGUUCAGAAAUACCAGCCGCUUGCGAAUGGUGAACUCUCAGGCGGACACUUGCAAUUGCCCCGACUGCCAAAAACGGUUGACCUCUUCUCCCUAAAAACUGAGCUCGAAAACAAUGCAAGUAAAAAGUCUGGAAGCUGAACUUUUAAUUUAAACAAAAUAAACAAGAACAAAAACCGAUA